AUGGAGCCUGAGAAUAAUACUGCAGUGAGUGAAUUUAUACUAAUGGGAUUUUCACACUCAAAAGGGAUGAGAAUUCCACUAUUUACACUAUUCCUGUGCAUUUAUAUAUUAACUCUUUUAGGCAAUUUCUUAUUAAUACUGACUGUUACAGGGGAUCCUCAUCUGCACAGGCCCAUGUACCUCUUCCUAAUGAAUCUCUCUUAUUUGGACAUUUGGUUAGCUACAGUCACAGAGCCCAAAUUGCUGACCACCUUUUCCGAGCAAACAAAGGCCAUUUCCUUCCAAGGGUGUAUGACCCAACUCUAUUUUUCCCACUUUUUUGGAAGUACUGAAUGCUUUUUGAACACUGUCAUGGCUUAUGAUCGCUUUCUGGCCAUUUGUCAUCCUUUACAUUACCCCACUCUAAUGAGUCUCAAAUUGUGUGCAAAGUUUGCUACUGGGGUUUGGGUGGCUGGAUUGAUUCAUGCUGUGAUUCAUACCUCAUUGACAUUACGCCUCCGUUUUUGUGGACCUAAUAGAAUAGAUUAUUUCUUCUGUGACGUCAUUCCAUUAUUAAAGCUUGCUUGUGGGGAUACUACAGCCAACAAGGCAAUGAUCAUAACCAGCAUUGGAGCUGUUGCAUUAAUGUCCUUUAUUUUAAUUGUGGUAUCAUAUAUCCACAUCCUACAGACCAUUAUGAAAAUUAAAAGUUCUGAGGGCAGAAGGAAGACCUUCUCUACAUGUGCAUCUCACAUGAUCUCUGUGUUUCUUUUUUAUGGGCCCCCUGCCUUUAUUUAUUUAGCUCCAAACUCGAUGAACUAUUUCAUAGAAGAGACUAUUGCUGUUUCCUACACAACGGUGACCCCUAUGCUAAAUCCAAUCAUUUAUUCUUUGAGAAACAAGGAGGUCAUAACUGCUCUUAGAACAAUAACCAACAAAUUUUUUAAAUCACCAGACUGA